AUCUGCUUUCCUCCCCUCAACCACACUACACUACACUACACUACCGAACCAACCCCCAACCUAAAAAUCCACCUAUAUUCAAAUAAAAAUGGUCAAACCCCUAACCUUCAAAGGCGAUAAGCCCAAAAAGCGCAAACACCGCGAAUACCUCACCGACUCCGUUGCCUCCACCACAACCACACCAAGCAAACUCUCCAAACCCGCCCCAGCUCCGGACGAUAUAGAAGCAGAAAACAAUGCCGAAGACCAAAGCUGGGUCUCUGCCGACUCGCCAUCCGAUAUCUCGGGCCCGAUAGUGAUUGUGCUGCCGUCGGAGCCGGUAACUUGCAUCGCCAGCGACAUGAACGGGAAGGUGUUUGCAAGCGAAGUGGAGAAUCUGAUUGACGAUGAUCCGAGGAGCGCAGAGCCCCAUGAUGUACGGCAGGUUUGGGUUGCGACGAGGGUAGCGGGGACGGAGGGGUUUAGUUUGAAGGGGCAUCAUGGGAGAUACCUAUCCUGUGACAAAUAUGGGAUAUUCGGCGCCACGGCAUCCGCUAUCUCGCAUCAUGAAUCCUUCCUCGUUCUCCCCUCGCCUGAUAUCCCCGGAGCAUUCUUUAUCCAGACUGUCGGCGGCGCAGGCGAAAGCGAGACAUUUAUCAGCGUCCAGGAUGUUUCUGGCAGUGGCGGCGGCGGCGAUGGCAGCUCGAAAUCAAAAUCAAAGUCUACGGCUACGGCUACGGCUAGCGGGGCUGGCGUUGAGAUUCGUGGCGACGAAACGAAUCUUUCGUUUCAAACCACGAUGCGGAUUCGCAUGCAGGCUCGAUUCAAGCCGCGGAUUAAGGCGAGUAAAGAGACCAAGGCGCGCGAGAAGAUUAGUCGGAAGGAAUUGGAGGAGGUCGUGGGAAGGAGAUUGGAGGACCAUGAGGUGAAGAGGUUGAGGAGGGCGAGGAGGGAGGGGAAUUUUCAUGAGGAGGUGUUGGAUGUUAGGGUCAAAGGGAAGCAUGAUAAAUUUGCUUGAUUCCCAAAUCUCAAAAAAAAAAAUUAUCUACUUAGGGAGGCGUCAAGAAACUGGGAUUUUGGGCAUUGCUGAAGCAGGGCCCUUCAGGACUGUAUUAUAUAGAAUUCAUUCCAAAAAUAUAACACGAUAUAAU